CCGCUCCACCAAUGGGCGCUGCCGCCGGUGGUGACGCGCCGCGUGCGUCACGCUGACGCCGCGCGAAGGGCACAGAUCUAAGGGCUGGGAGGACAUUUCGGCCUCUGUGAGCCGCUGCCUUCCCGAGGAGGAGGUUGUGAUUUCGCCAUCUUAGGGAGAAGAUGUUCUCGUCCGUGGCGCACCUAGCGCGGGCGAACCCCUUCAACCUGCCCCACCUGCAGCUGGUGCAGGAUGGCAGCGCGGCCGGGACCCCGCAGCCGCCGCGGCGCUCCCGCAGCCUGGCCGCCGCCGCCGUGGAAGAGGAGUAUAGCUGUGCCUAUGGAUCUGGCAGAUUCUUUAUCCUUUGUGGAAUUGGAGGAAUUAUUAGCUGUGGCACUACACAUACAGCAUUGGUUCCUCUAGAUCUGAUUAAAUGCAGAAUGCAGGUGGAUCCCCAGAAGUACAAGGGCAUAUUCAAUGGAUUCUCCGUUACCCUUAAAGAGGAUGGUGUUCGUGGCUUGGCCAAAGGAUGGGCUCCAACUUUCAUUGGCUACUCCAUGCAGGGCCUCUGCAAGUUUGGCUUUUAUGAAGUCUUCAAAGUGGUGUAUAGCAACAUGCUGGGAGAGGAAAACACCUACCUCUGGCGUACAUCACUAUAUUUGGCUUCCUCUGCCAGUGCUGAAUUCUUUGCUGACAUUGCCCUGGCUCCUAUGGAAGCUGCUAAGGUUCGAAUUCAAACCCAGCCUGGUUAUGCCAACACUUUGAGAGAUGCAGCUCCCAAAAUGUACAGGGAAGAAGGCUUAAAUGCAUUCUACAAGGGGGUUGCUCCUCUGUGGAUGAGACAGAUACCAUAUACCAUGAUGAAGUUCGCCUGCUUUGAACGCACUGUUGAACUACUGUACAAGUUUGUGGUUCCCAAGCCCAGAGAUGAAUGUACAAAGGCAGAGCAGCUGGUUGUAACAUUUGUUGCAGGUUACAUUGCUGGAGUCUUCUGUGCAAUUGUUUCUCACCCUGCUGAUUCUGUGGUGUCCGUCUUGAAUAAAGAGAAAGGAAGCACUGCUUCUCAGGUCCUUCAGAGACUUGGAUUUAGAGGUGUAUGGAAGGGACUCUUCGCCCGCAUCAUCAUGAUUGGCACUCUGACUGCCCUUCAGUGGUUCAUCUAUGAUUCUGUGAAGGUCUACUUCAGGCUCCCCCGCCCUCCUCCUCCUGAGAUGCCAGAGUCUCUGAAGAAGAAGCUUGGGUUAACUCAGUAGAUUGAUCAAACUAAAUGUGGACUGAAACUGUGUGUUGAUCAGUGUUGAGGAAAGUGCAAAAGGAACUUUUAUAUAUUUGACAGUGUAGAAAAUUGUCUUCCUGAGAGUAAUUACUGUAGUACUCUUGCAUAAGGCAAGGGUUUCAAACUUACUAUUGAAAUAAACUCAUCAGCUCAUGA